CUCUCUCUCCCUCUUCCUUUCCUUUUGUAACAAACAAACAAGGUUCUCUGUGUCUCUCUACAAUCCCUAAAUUCGUUGUGAAUGCUAGAAACCCUAAGCAAUUUCAUGCGCUCCCUUUUGCCGUCGAGGGCGAGCGCUCUUCUCAUCCCUGUUUCCCCUGCAUCUGCUUUCGCAUUCGGUUCUUGCAAGCAAGCCUGGUACUAUCGCUGCCUCGGCGUCGACCCGUGAAGAUUUUGUUCCUCCUCGCGGAAAAAAUCGGACCCGAUUUUGUUCAUUUCUUUGUUUUCCCCCAAAUUCGAUUUUUUUUCGUUCUUGGGUCCCAAGUUUUUUGAUUUGUUUCUUCGGAUCGGCGUGUGUUUUUUGGGUCUCUGUUUUGCGAUUUUAUUUUUGGGGGAUCGUGAACGAUGUUGCUGAACAAGCAGAAGAAGAACCAGAACGCGAAUGCGAGGAGGUUGUUGAUCAGCAUCAAUGUGCUGGGAAGCGCUGGACCGAUUCGGUUCGUGGUGAAUGAGGAGGAGCUUGUGGCGGCGGUCAUCGACACCGCCCUCAAGUCCUAUGCACGUGAGGGAAGGCUUCCCGUACUGGGAACUGAUAUCACCGGUUUCGCCCUUUAUUGCCCUCAUGUUGGAUCUGAUGCUUUGAGUCCGUGGGAUACAAUUGGAUCACAUGGGGCUCGGAAUUUCAUGCUAUGCAAGAAGCCACAAACAUCUACGAGUGCUGCUGCAGAUGUUGAUGGAGCUGGAAGAGGGACUGCACCACUUUCACGAAGGGGGAGUGGGAGCUGGAAGGCUUGGUUCAACAAGUCCCUUAACUUGAAGAUUUCUUCCCAUUGAUCAAUCAGAUUUUGAAUUGUGGGGAAUUGAAUAAUUAUUAUGAGGGAAAUUCCACUUUUAUGUGUUCCUUUGUGGUGGUUUUUUUUUUUUUUUUUUUUUUUUACUGGUCGUUUCUGUUCUCGCUAGCUAGAGAACUCUUUUAGGAAAUUAAACUUCGUUGUUUAGGUUUGAUUUUGAUGAAAUAAAGUUUAGGCUUUGGUUGCUUUCCUUUCCUUCAGCUU